AUGGUAUUCCAUUCGUUGACUGACAUUCCUCGCAACCUCAAAGAGGGUAUUGAUUGGUUGAUGGCCAUUAAGGGGACCGAUUCCAUAGAUGCUUUGGGUGCAGCAGUUCACAAGUUUCUCUCAGGCAAGUCUGCUGGCCUGACGACGGUGCCAACUCUCGAGAACAUAAAACUUAUUUCUAUGGGUUUCAUGUGGCGCAAGGAGCUUAGGGACUUGUGGCCCGCGAGCCAUCUGUUGGGGAAAUUUAUUGAUACUGUGGAGAACAAAUCCGGCAAUCUCGCUAUAACCAUGGGUAGCAACCCUGAUGCCGUCGCACAGAAGCUGGGUAAAGUUGCGGAUGGUUGCGCGAAGUUCUUGGGUGAUAUAAAACACCCUGAGCAAUAUAAGUCUGCAUACUGUUCUAAGUCGACGUGGGCUAAAUCAUGUUCGAAGAACCCGGAAGAUUGCGCAGCAAUUUUUGUGGGGAUUGCGCCCAUGCUAUUCGUAGGCCUAGAAUCUUUGCGGGAUGCGAGCAAGGGCGAAAGCUGCUUAUUUGGAAGUGACGAUGUUACGAAGCAUCGUCUUAGAACGGUGUUGAAAGCCAUGGGUUACAGGAAGCGUAGACUCCGUCCUAACAUGGGUGGUUACGAUGUCCGCAAGGCGUUGAGCAAUGUGCAGAAGGACGUGUUGUCCAUACUUGAUGACAUCUCUGGAUUUGACGUUUCUAGUGAGUCGGAAUUGCAAGGGAAGCUUAAAGGUAGCUCGACGACAAACAAUUCUCCGUACUGGCCCAUAUUGUAG